GGGGCCCGGUCCGCGGCGACCUCCACCUUGAACUGUGCGGCUUGCACGUCCGCGCCACCGCGGGACGAGGGGGCACCGGAGGUCCGCGCGGGCCUGGCAGGGCCGGAGACCGAGGAGAACCUGACCCGAACCCACCAGGCUCGACGCAGCCGCCCCAGGCCUAAGGAGCGCGUCCCGGGAUCCGGUUCUGAGAAGAGAAAUCAAGGCAGCGGGGGGAGCAGGGAUGGACGGCCUCCUGGCCACGGCCGCCUCCCGCCGCCCUGAGCUGGGAGAAGCCCGGGUGCAGGAGGGUCGCGUCAAGGACCAGAAGGAGAACCAGGAGCGCGGUUUGCAGCCAGAGGCCCGUGAAGACGACCCCGCCGGGGACCGUGCGGACGACCAGGAUGGGGUCCCAGGAGCCAGACCGAGCCCGCCGGUCACCCAGGCCUCCCGCCGGUCCCGCAGGCGCGCGGCACAGGGAAAGCGAAAGCGCCCAAAGGGUGCCGAGGCCGCGGGGCCGGGGAAGCCGUGGAAGUGCGAGGACUGCGGCAAGGCCUUCCGCUACUGCUCGGCGCUCACCAUGCACCGCCGGACGCACACCGGGGAGAAGCCGUUCGCGUGCCCGCAGUGCGGCCGGGCCUUCCGCCAGCGCGUGCACCUGACCCUGCACCUGCGCGUGCACACGGCCGAGCGGCCCUUCGCCUGCGGCCAGUGCGGCCGGACCUUCAGCCAGGGCUCCUACCUGGCGGCGCACCGGCGCACCCACGCGGGCGAGCGGCCGCACGCCUGUCCCGACUGCGACAAGGCCUUCACGCGGCCCGCGCGCCUGGCCCAGCACCGGCGCGUGCACACGGGCGAGCGGCCCUUCGCCUGCGGCCAGUGCGCCAAGGCCUUCCGCGGCCGCGCGGCCCUGCGGGAGCACGAGCGCGUGCACAGCGAGCAGAAGCCGUUCGCCUGCGCGCUGUGCCCGAAGGCCUUCCGCUUCCCGUCGGCGCUGCUCCGCCACCGCCGCACGCACACGGCCGAGCGGCCCUUCGCCUGCGGCCAGUGCGGCCGGACCUUCGCGCAGCGGGCGCACCUGGCCCAGCACCGGCGCGUGCACACGGGCGAGCGGCCCUACCGGUGCGCCGAGUGCGGCGCGUCCUUCGGCCAGAGCGCGUCGCUGGCCCAGCACCUGCGCACCCACACCGGGGAGCGGCCCUUCGCCUGCGCGCAGUGCGGCAAGACCUUCGCGCAGGGGGCGCACCUGAGCCAGCACCGGCGCGUGCACACGGGCGAGCGGCCCUUCGCCUGCGGGGCCUGCGGCCGCGCCUUCAGCCACCGCUCGCUCCUGGCGCAGCACCGCCUGCGGCACACGGGCGCGCGGCCCUACAAGUGCCCCAAGUGCGGGGCGUCCUUCGGCCGCGUGUCCUCGCUCCUGGAGCAUCAGAAGAUCCACGCGGGCGAGAAGCCCUUCCGGUGCGGGGACUGCGGCCAGGCCUUCCGCCAGGGCGCGGCGCUCUCGCUGCACCGGCGCACGCACACCGGGGAGCGGCCCUACUCGUGCCCCGAGUGCGGCAAGGCCUUCCGCCACCGCGGCUCCCUGAUCCAGCACCACCUCGUGCACACGGGCGAGCGGCCCUACGAGUGCGGCGGCUGCGGCCGGGCCUUCAGCUUCUGCUCCGCCCUCACCCGCCACCAGAGGACGCACAGCGACCGGGAGUCCCACCAGCGCAGCCCGCGCGGGAACCCCACCGCGCAGCCGUCACCCCCAACUGGACCCCGGCGCUCGCCCCGGGGGGAGAAGGCUGUUAGCCCUAGUGACCCCGCAGAAAACUCCGGGGACCAGCAGAGUCAGAGCUGAGGGGUAACGGGCCUCCUGCUCCAGGCACCGUGCUGAGUGCGCGCGCCCCCUCCUCUCCAGCCUCAUGGCACGAGUGGGGAGAUACCCGGUCAUCCCCCUGCUGCCUGUGAGGAAACCGAGGCUCAGAGAAGCUCGUGACUUGCCCAAGGCCACCCACGGAGGACGUCGCGGGGCUGGGGCUGCACCCUGCAUCUGCCCGACUCCCUGACACCCUUCCCCGCCCCCGCUCGGGUUCAGAAUUAUAAACGUGAGCCACCAACGCGGACCCGAAGAAGUAUCUGUGGGUUUGGGGCUGGCCUUGUAAUUGUUGAUUUCGUGACUGAGCAGGCAUUUGUUCGAUAAAUGAAUAAAAGGUUUACUCCCUCUGGUGAGGGCCUGGGA